AUGACGUCCAUGUUCCCUAACAACCUGUACACCCUCCACCAGGCAGGUUCUUUGUGCAAGUGUUGUUCCAGCCCUGGAGACUUUACCCAAAUUCUUACCACUGUACCCCGGCGGGGUAGCCAGGCUUUUGGGAUCAAGCUCGCGCCGUAUCCUGCUGUCGUUCAGAUUGCCAAGUCGGCGGGCUUCGACGCCCUCUUCAUCGACUUGGAACACUCGACCCUGUCGAUCAGUGAUGCGAGCCAACUGUGCACGACUGGCUUGCUAGCCGGCAUCACUCCUUUUGUCAGAGUGCCGUAUCAAUGCGGCAAUGGGCUCGUGCAAAGGGUGCUGGACGGAGGGGCAAUGGGCGUCGUGUUUCCGCAUGUUAGCACCAGAGAGGAAGCCACUUCCGCUGUCUCGAUCUGCAAGUACCCACCAGCCGGCACGCGUUCCAUGACAGGCCAGCUGCCUCAGUUCUCAUACACCGCCCGACCCCACGAGACCGUCAUCGCGGAGUCCAACAGCCGGGGGUCCACUGUCUUCGUCAUGAUAGAAACAGCCGAGGCAAUCGAUAACGUCGACUCAAUCGCCUCCGUCGAGGGGGCGGAUGUGCUGCUUGUGGGUUCAAACGAUCUUUCCAUCGAACUAGGUGUGCCUGCGCAGUUUGAAAGUCCCGUAUUCAGGGAAGCUCUAGAGAAGGUGAGCAAGGCGUGUAGGGCGAAUGGGAAGAUCAUGGCUCUGGGGGGCAUUUACGAUAAGCCGGACAUUCAGCGCUGGGCAGUGCAUGAGCUGGGCGUGCGCUGGAUACUGGGCGGGCAGGAUUCGAGUUUCAUUGCGAAGGGUGCGGCAGGGUGUAUGGACGCGUUGAGGGGAGUGGAGAGGAGAUGA